AUGGCAAAGCGGAAGACGUCUCGGGACGGUCGCCACAGGGGAAAGAGCCUGCGAACUGGGCCCCGCGCCCAGCAGGGACAGCGGGGGCUGUGCAGGCGGACAGCUGCGCCCACGGGUGGAAAAUCACCCGGAGGAGCGCGGUCGGAUGUCCAGGGCCCGGGCCCGGCCGAGGAGCCUUCCUGGGGGGCAGAGAGCGGGCUCUUCGCUUGGGGGGCCUCGCGGGGGGCGGCAGGGAGGCCGCGUCCAGAAGAGCAGGCGCCGAGCUGCACACCCAGCGCAGCGGGGGCCCCCUGGGAGAGGGCGCGGAGGAGGCGAGGGUAUCGACGGCCUCUCGCUGUGGACGGCAGGGCCGACCGCGCCGCGCCUCCCCCUGCGCCUGCCCCCGGCGCCUGCCCCCGGCGCGCACGGACCUCACGCGGGGGUCCUGUCCCGCUCGCAGCGCCCGCGGGCGCCCUGCUCGCGGCAAAGGCGGGAUCCGGGAGGGGCGCGGGCCUCACAGCGGCGCCCGCCACCUGGCCGCACCCCGAGGGCAUCACCCGCCGGCGGCCCCGCCGCACGCGGGCGAGUCUGCAUAUCGCGGGGCGCCCGCCAGGGGGCAGCAGAGCCCGGCCCGGCCCGGCGCGCCACCCGCCGCCCACCCGCGGGACGCCAGGCGCGCCGACUCACCUGGUGUCCGUCCUCCUGCCAGAAACGGGCCCUGUAAACCCUCCCACCUCCGUCCCGUCUGACCUGCGUCUGUUCUGCUGCUCUGGAGGCAGGACUUGGACCCAUUUCUCCACCUCAGCCUCCCUGCUCUCCUCAGACCCUCUGAUCUCUGGCCACUCUGUGCCCAGGAGGAAGAGACAGUCCUGCUUUGAAUCCAGACCCCGUUGGGCACCCCCUCAGGGGACGGUGCCGCCCCAGCAGCGAGCCGGCGGCAUAGGCGCAUGGACUACACCGUGCGUCCCGGGCGCCCCAGGCCUGCAGUCUGCUCUUCCGGGAGCCCCUGAGGUGGGGCGAGGUGGGCUUUGACCUGGGACUAGUUCUUGGCAGCAAGAGGCAC